GGGAACGACACGCUGAGCUGUCCACAGGAAGAACCGGACGCUGAUAUUUCAAGGGAGGCGGACGCUCGGGGCCCAAUCCAGGAGGAACCAUGAAGGCCCACUUGCUUCUUGUCAUCUUGGCGCUGUCUGGGUCCCUCGGGAUGGCCCAGACAAAUGAGUGUGCAAGCAGAGGAGGUGCCUGCAAAGCCAGCGCUAAGAAGGACUGCGUCAUACUCCAAGGGAAGUGUGAGAACGACCAAGUCUGCUGCCAAAAAGACAAUAGACUGCAGAAGAGAAAGUGUCGACCGAAGAGACCCUGCACCAAAGAAGGGGGCGAAUGUAUACCAAUGGAGGAAUCUUGUUUGAAUCACCACGGCCUCUGCAAGGGUGCAAGUUGCAAAUGCUGUUUAGGGAAUAAUCCUUCUUGCACCACCACUCCGGGGUGUCACCUCCAGGGAGGGUUCUGCUUCAAGAAUUCUGGAAAUGAUUUGUGCGCAGAUGGCACCAUCCUCAGCGAUGAAUGUGAGGGAGCCAAUUGCGCCUGUUGUAUUCCCAAGACAGGUUCUUGCGAGUGUGGCGUGGCAAAUGACGUCCGUAUCAUAGGAGGUGAAGAGAUAUCUCCUCCGAAUAAAUAUCCUUGGCUCGUUGGUUUGCUUCAGUCUGAAACAGUUGAGGAUGGGUUUUCCUGUGGCGGAUCUAUCAUCAGCCCGAACUACGUGCUAACUGCUGCACACUGUCUAUUUGAUGAAGACGAUCUGGCCGUACCAGCAGAGGAACUUCAAGUAGGAAUUGCUAACCACAAUUUCAAUUCUGAAGAUGACGACAUACCGGGCGUCACUCAGGUUGUGGAUGUGGAAAGUUACAUCACCCAUGAGGAUUACAUUCACGGGGAGCUUUCUGAUUUCAAUAAUGACAUCGCUCUCAUACUUUUGAAGGAGACAUUGGAUCUGACAUCAUACCCACAAGUUCGACCAGUGUGUCUUCCUUCUGACCCGAACACGAAGUAUGAGGGACAAACUGGGAUCAUGGUAGGCUGGGGAGACACAAAGAACGGGAAAGGGGCAUAUCCCGAUGCUGCCAGGGAGGUCAACUUACCCAUCAAGGACUGUAAACGUAAAUUAGGUGGUGUUCUAAUCACCCCCCAAAUGAUGUGUGCAGGGAAGAAGAAGUCAAAGAACAAGGGCGCAAAGGGUAUCUGUUUUGGCGACUCUGGAGGACCCCUUUUCGUGAAGGAAGACGGGAAAUACACUCAGGUGGGGAUUGCCUCCUUUGUGACAAGUUGUCUUAAGCCCGCGGUGUUCGCUCGAGUCACCGAAUUUCUCACGUGGAUCAGCGAUAACACUCCUGGUGAGACUUUCUGCCAGUAGUAUUGCCUGGUAUGUGAAAGCAGGUGCAUAUAACCAUACAUAUUUAGCUUUUGUCUAAAAAGAUCAUGUAAUAACGAGUCUCUGUUAUCAUAUCUUGCUUUCAUGUUUCCCAAGGACUCUUCCCUUUGUAUGAAACGCACGUGAUGUACUUCAGCAAGAAAUAUAUAGUUUCAGCAUGGCAAAA